GCCGCCGCCGCGGAGCACCAUCCCCGCCGCCGCCCGAGCCUGAGCCCGCGCGCCUGCUCGCGCCAACGCCGUCGCCGCGCCGCCUCACGCCCGGCCCGCUCUACGCGGCUCCUGUCGCCGUCGCCGCCCGAGCCCGCCCGCCCGCCGGCGGCGGCGCAGGCUGAGGAGAUGCGGCUCGGAGCGCCCGAGCAGGGCUAGACGCGGCCCGCCGCCGCCGCGGUUCAUCUCUGCAAGGCCAGGUGACAACUUCUGCUCUUCUUGUGGAUUACUUGGUUUACAAGACGCUGCCAGUGAGACUUCAGAUUUACGCAGCUGGGACCCGAGCCUCCUCAAUUUUGUACUUGCAUGUGCUGGUGGAAGUUUGGAGCUUGUUGGAACUACUGUUUACGUGGACAUUUUGAGCCAUUUUGAACUUAAGGCGCUGACGCUGCUAGCAAUGAGCUCCCAAAGCCAUCCAGAUGGACUUUCUGGCCGAGACCAGCCAGUGGAGCUGCUGAACCCUGCCCGUGUGAACCACAUGCCCAGCACCGUGGAUGUGACUGCAGCGCUGCCUCUGCAAGUGGCCCCUGCAGCGGUACCCAUGGAUCUGCGCCUGGACCAUCCGUUCUCGCUGCCUUUGGAACCCGCACUUCGGGAGCAGCAGCUGCAGCAGGAACUUCUAGCACUGAAACAGAAGCAGCAGAUCCAGCGACAGAUUCUCAUUGCAGAGUUCCAGCGGCAGCACGAGCAGCUGUCCCGGCAGCAUGAGGCGCAGCUACAUGAACAUAUCAAGCAGCAGCAGGAGAUGCUGGCCAUGAAGCACCAGCAGGAGCUGCUGGAGCACCAGCGGAAACUGGAGCGGCACCGGCAGGAGCAAGAGCUAGAGAAGCAGCACCGUGAGCAGAAGCUGCAGCAGCUCAAGAACAAGGAGAAGGGCAAAGAGAGUGCUGUGGCAAGCACAGAGGUGAAGAUGAAGCUUCAGGAAUUUGUGCUCAACAAGAAGAAGGCUCUAGCCCACCGGAACCUGAACCACUGCAUUUCCAGUGAUCCCCGAUACUGGUAUGGGAAGACACAGCACAGCUCCCUUGACCAGAGCUCUCCGCCCCAGAGUGGGGUGUCAGCCUCCUACAACCACCCAGUCUUGGGAAUGUACGACGCCAAAGAUGACUUCCCUCUUAGGAAAACAGCUUCUGAACCUAACCUGAAAUUACGGUCAAGGCUUAAGCAGAAAGUAGCUGAGAGACGGAGCAGCCCCCUGUUGCGCAGGAAAGAUGGCCCUGUGGCCACUGCUCUAAAAAAGCGACCCCUGGAUGUCACAGACUCUGCGUGCAGCAGCGCCCCUGGCUCCGGUCCCAGCUCUCCGAAUAGCAGCUCUGGCAAUGUCAGCACUGAAAAUGGCAUCACACCCACCGUUCCCAGCGCUCCAGCUGAGACGAGCUUGGCACAUAGACUUGUGACGAGAGAAGGCUCAGUCGCCCCACUCCCUCUCUACACAUCACCGUCCUUACCCAACAUCACCUUGGGACUUCCUGCCACUGGCCCUGCUGCUGGCACAGCAGGCCAGCAGGAUGCUGAGAGGCUUGCCCUCCCGGCCCUCCAGCAGCGACUCUCCCUGUUUCCCGGCACCCACCUCACCCCAUACCUGAGCACCUCGCCCCUGGAGCGGGAUGGUGGAGCGGCUCACAAUCCCCUCCUGCAGCAUAUGGUCCUUCUGGAGCAGCCACCUACCCAGACGCCCCUCGUCACAGACUGGUAUCUUUCAGGCCUGGGGGCGCUGCCCCUCCACACACAGUCCCUGGUUGGUGCGGACAGGGUGUCCCCAUCCAUUCACAAGCUGCGGCAUCACCGCCCACUGGGGCGCACGCAGUCUGCACCCCUGCCGCAGAACGCACAAGCCCUGCAGCACCUAGUGAUCCAGCAGCAGCACCAGCAGUUCCUGGAGAAGCACAAGCAGCAGUUCCAGCAGCAGCAGCUGCACCUCAGCAAGAUGAUCUCUAAACCCAGCGAGCCACCUCGCCAGCCUGAGAGCCACCCUGAGGAGACGGAGGAGGAGCUCCGUGAGCACCAGGCCUUGCUGGAUGAGCCCUACCUAGACCGGCUCCCUGGGCAGAAGGAGCCUUCCCUAGCUGGUGUGCAGGUCAAACAGGAGCCCAUCGAGAGUGAGGAGGAGGAGGUGGAGCCCACUCGAGAGGCGGAACCCAGCCAGCGCCCAGCCACUGAGCAGGAGCUGCUCUUCAGACAGCAAGCUCUCCUGCUAGAGCAGCAGAGGAUCCACCAGCUAAGGAACUACCAGGCAUCUAUGGAGGCUGCCGGCAUCCCUGUGUCAUUUGGCAGCCACAGACCUCUGUCUCGGGCACAGUCCUCCCCGGCAUCUGCCACCUUCCCCAUGUCAGUCCAGGAACCCCCCACCAAACCAAGAUUCACCACAGGCCUUGUGUAUGACACGCUGAUGUUGAAGCAUCAGUGCACCUGUGGGAAUACCAACAGCCAUCCGGAGCAUGCUGGGAGGAUCCAGAGCAUCUGGUCCCGCCUGCAGGAGACUGGCCUCCGUGGCAAGUGUGAGUGCAUCCGCGGACGCAAGGCCACAUUGGAAGAGCUGCAGACAGUACACUCAGAGGGCCACACACUCCUCUACGGCACAAACCCUCUCAACAGACAGAAACUGGACAGUAAGAAACUUCUAGGCUCACUGACCUCCGUGUUUGUCAGGCUUCCUUGUGGUGGUGUUGGGGUGGAUAGUGACACCAUAUGGAACGAGGUGCACUCGUCUGGGGCAGCCCGCCUGGCGGUAGGCUGCGUGGUGGAGCUGGUCUUCAAGGUGGCCACAGGAGAGCUAAAGAAUGGCUUUGCUGUGGUCCGUCCCCCAGGACACCAUGCUGAGGAGAGCACACCCAUGGGGUUCUGCUACUUUAACUCCGUGGCCAUUGCAGCCAAACUUCUCCAGCAGAGGCUGAAUGUGAGCAAGAUUCUCAUUGUGGACUGGGAUGUGCACCAUGGGAAUGGGACCCAGCAGGCCUUCUACAAUGACCCCAAUGUUCUCUACAUGUCCCUACACCGCUAUGACGAUGGGAACUUCUUUCCAGGCAGUGGAGCACCAGAUGAGGUGGGCACAGGGCCAGGCGUGGGUUUCAAUGUCAACAUGGCUUUCACGGGUGGCCUCGACCCCCCCAUGGGAGAUGCAGAGUACCUGGCAGCCUUCAGAACGGUGGUCAUGCCAAUCGCAAAUGAGUUUGCCCCAGAUAUGGUACUGGUGUCAUCAGGCUUCGAUGCUGUGGAGGGCCACCCCACACCUCUUGGAGGAUACAAUCUCUCUGCCAAAUGUUUUGGGUACUUGACAAAGCAGCUGAUGGGCUUAGCUGGUGGCCGAAUUGUGCUGGCCCUCGAGGGAGGCCAUGACCUGACAGCCAUCUGUGAUGCUUCUGAAGCAUGUGUUUCUGCUCUGCUGGGAAAUGAGCUUGAGCCUCUGCCAGAAAAGGUUCUGCAGCAGAGACCCAAUGUCAAUGCUGUCCACUCCAUGGAGAAAGUUAUGGACAUCCACAGCAAGUACUGGCGCUGCCUGCAGCGUCUGUCCUCCACGGUGGGGCACUCUCUGAUUGAGGCACAGAAGUGUGAGAACGAAGAGGCUGAGACGGUCACCGCCAUGGCCUCGCUGUCUGUAGGUGUAAAACCUGCUGAGAAGAGGUCUGAGGAGGAGCCCAUGGAAGAGGAACCACCACUGUAGCCCCAAAGCUGCUGUCCUCUCCUUUGUUUGUCUGUCUUGAAGCUCAGCCAAGAAACUUUCCCGUGUCACUCCUGCGUCCUGCCUUGGUGCUCUCUCUGAGUGCAAAGGGACGGCAGGCGUGCAGCAGCAACGGGAGGCCUUUCUGACGCCAUGGACCCACAGGUCUGGAGACGCACACGAACACCAGGUGUGGUAGAUCACAUGGAACAUAGGACAGCGUGCAACACACGAAUGCAGAGACAUGCGGAAGCCAAGCACACACGCUGGUGGGUUCCCCCGGGGAAGCCUCGAAGGAAGAAGCCUGUGGCAACUUGGGCAGAGUUGCUGAAUCGAGUUGACAUGAGGAAAAUGAAAAUCAAAGAUCUAAUAAUACAGAACAAACUUGAUUGAAACUGGUGCUUAACAUUCGAUUCUUACCCACAAUCCCACAGUCUUCGUGUAAGCCACUCAACUCAUCUUGUAGCUUUUUUUAAACAGAGUUUUCUAUGGCUCUGGCCUGCCUUGUGAACCUUAGUGGGGUGCUGUGGGCGUUCACAGCUUAGUGAGGGGCAGAGUUGGAAGAAACUUUAAAGAAAAAAACUGGACAGAACAGAAAUGUGAGCCUGGGAGUCAGCUGGAGCUUCUCCAAGCCAUCGGAAGAUGCGAGUUUGUGCCUUUUUUUAUUGCUCUGAUGGAUUUUUCUCUGGCUGGGUUUUCUGAAGUCUGAGGAACAAUGCCUUAAGAAAAAAAAAAAAAAAUGCCACCAAGAAUUGGUGUGACAGUGUCCUGUGGCUGGCUGAGCCUGGUGAUGCUGGCCUGGCAUUACAAGAGUAGGCACCAGCCACUGUCCCCGAGGGCCGCAGUGCAGCCAGCCUUGCGUGGUUUGAUCGCUGUUUAAGGAAGAUGAGGUAGUUCCAAAAGCAGCGAACGCCGCCGGCAGUUUUGAAGUCCAACACGUUUUAAACCGGAUCCAAAGUGUUCUUUUCUCAUCCGUCACGUGCUGUUGAGCAUCUCCAUUCGGUUGUGAAGCAUGUCGUAGGCACACUGCAGUGUUACGAUCGGAAUGCUUUUCAUUAAAAGCAGGUAGCAUGAAGUAUUGCUUAAAUUUUAGGUAUAAAUAAAUAUAUAUAUGUAUAAUAUAUAUUCCACUGUAUUCCAAGCUAAGAAACUUGAUUCUUAUGAGAUCUUGAUAAAAUAUUUAUAAUGCAUUUAUAGACAAAGUAUAUAUAAAUAUAUAUAAUAAAUCCAGACCACAGAGGUCCUGGCAGGUGAAAGACAUGAGUGUUAGCUCUGAGGUGCUGAGGGCUGGGGUCUGGAUUGAGGCCCAAGGAUUUUUGAGCUCCAGAUUGGCCAGCUUCCAGAUGACCAACACAUUCACCCCUGGGCAGCGUCCCCACCAGUUUGUACUUUAAUUUUAAUUAUUUUCUAACAAGACCUCUGCCUUCUCCGAGCCCUCAUGCACAUAUGUACCUGAUGAGUUUUUAUAGCAAAGAAUAUAAACUUGCUGUUGAUUUUUUUGUAUGAAUUUUUCACAAGAAGAUCCUGAAGAAAACAUUGUUUUGUGGAUUUUACAUUUUUUCCCAGCAUUCAGGAGUUUUCUGAAGGUGGUAUGUCUAAAACUUUUCUUUUUAAAUUCUUACUUGUAUAUUUUUUUUUUAGCUCUGAAGAUUUUUUUUUUAUGGUUUGGUUUUGUUUCUUUUGUACAGCAAGCAGAGCUUGGCUGUGCGCAGGCCAGCUGCUGCUCUGCUUGGUUUUCAGAGCGAACCUCUCGGGAAUGGACAGCAGGUCUGCGUGGUGCCCAUGCCUUGGCCUUUCGGGUUCCACCUGUACAGCAGGGGCUUUGUCCUGCAGCACUAGUAGUAUCACAAGGCCAAGCCGGCCACGUGAGACGUAAGGGCAGUCAGCAUUAGUGAGUGUGGGCUUAUAACCACUCCAUCAGGAUAGAACUCCAGCUCUAGUUUCCCAAAGACCUUUGACACAUGUCCACAAGCGCCUGGCCCAGAGCCCGGCCCCGCACCUGUUCAGGGGUUUCCACUGCAGCCUCAGAGCCGGGACUGUGUCUGGAGCCACAGCCCUGCGUUUGUAGCCUGUGGCUGCCGCACCAAGGCCCUUGUCACUUGAGCCUGCAGAAGAACACAGGGUCCUGAGGGGCAGUCAGUCUUCUUUCCUGGUUUUUUUUUGUUUGUUUGUUUGUUUUUUGUUGUUGUUGUUUUUUCCUAUGACAACUGACUUUUUACUGCUAACUUCUUUUCUAGCACUUAAAGCCGCCAAUUUCAUUCCAAAGUGUGUGGAGUUCAGACCAGCGAGAGGACGUUGAGAGACUCAGAAGGGAUAGCAAGCUUAGUUUCUGAUUUGGGUGCGUUUACAGGGUAGACGGGAACUGGGUCAGGCUUUUGACAGACAGGCUGAGCACACAUUCUUGGACUUUUUUUGAUCACUGGGCUCCUGUGAGUCAGCGCUAAGCUAAGACAGUGGGUAAAGGACAGGGUAGAGAGGUCUUAGGACAUUCCUGGCUCCUCCUUCCCUGUGGCUACUCUGACCCUUGGCAGAAAGAGCAGACCUGAGGUAGCCUAUGCAGCCCCUCCCUUGCUUGUGCCACUGCAUGGUGACAGCGGCCAGCUAGCUGCUCUUCUGGCUACCUUGGCCUAUUUUCUGCACACCCUGCCACCUGUCCUCUUUGUUCCACGACUCGUGGGGAGGUACACUUCAUCUUACUUUUUCAGGUGAUGGGUAACAGGCUACUCGGUGGCCAGGGUAUUGUAAGAGGGACUCACUUUGGUCCCAUUCAGUCACCUUUUGAUGCAGGGGCCUGGCCAGGCAGCCAGGUCACUCCAGCUUCCCUGUGAGCUGAAAGCAUUACCUACCAUAUAGCCUUUUCUUCCCUUUGAAAACAUGUGGCCCUUCUCCACAGUCAUCCACCCAGGGCAGAGGGCAGAAGGUCGGCCUUGACCUCUAGGGCUGGACCACAGCACUCCCCUGUCUGGACCUUGAACCUUCCACCUUCUCCCCUCCUUUGCAAAGGCCUGGUGGGUGCUGGGAAGGAAGCGGGAGCAAGCACUUUACAUCCCUCUACGGGAAGCCCGAAGGCACCAUGUCCUCAGGAUGCUGGUGUUCACUUACCCUUGGGUCUUCCAGCUGCACCCUGAGAGCCCAUGCCCCACCAGCAGGCGCUGCUCCCAAGGCCACACCCACUGGGACAUCCAGGGCUCUGGUUUCUGAGGGCCAGUUUAUCAAAGUGUUUCAGUUUUCCUUUACUUUCAGAUCUGUCCCCAAGAAGAAGGACCAUUUUGUGAUGGUCUCCGUAGCACUGGUGAUGGACUUGGUCGUGUUUCUUUCUGUCAGAACAUUCCUUCUUCACUGGUCACAGCCACGUGCUCAUUCCAUCCUUCUUUUUGUAGACUUUGGGCCCAUGUAUUUUAUGGGCAUUGAUACAUAUAUAAAUAUAUAGAUAUAAAUAUAUAAAUAUAUUUUUUUAAGUUUCCUACACCUGGAGGUUGCAUGGACGUAAGCCGGCAUGUCUUUAUAUUGUAUACAGAUUUUGCACGCCAAACUCGGCAGCUUUGGGGAGGGAGAAACAAUGCCUUUCUCUCCCCUCUCAUGAUGUUUGCAGAUGCAGAAAUUUUUUUUCUGUAAAACAAAACAAAACCUUGAAGGAGAGGAGGAGAGAGUUUGAGUCUUAUUGAACUUAUUCUUAAGAAACUGUACUUUUUAUUGUAAGAAAAAUUAAAAGGACUACUCACACACUUGUCACUAAGAGAAGUUUACCUAGCACCUUUGACAUCCCGAUAGUCGACUGUCUGCGUGCAGGCUCCACAUUCAGGCCCUACUGCCUGUCUCUCAAGCUGCUUGGGAGGAUUUCGUUUUGUUUUGUUUUGUUUGUUCCUUUUUUUUCUCCCUGCACAGGGCCAGGUGCACCCUGCCUGCUGUCACCGGCCUCUGUUGAGAACGUGGGGUUCCCGUGAGUCCCCGUCUCCGCACAACUCUGGAAGUCAUGGGGCUGGGCUUCCACCUUGAGCGGUCCAGGCCUUUGUGAGCCCUGGGCACCGGAGGAAACAUUUUUCCUUCUCGAGGAUCCGGGCGUGCUCUGCGCCCGUCCUUGAUGGUCUCCCUGGCCUCACAUUGAUCAAAGUCUCCUAUGGAAAGAAAAGAAUGCAGACAGGCCUUGUUCUGGGGGUGUGCACUCCACUGAGGAGGCGCCACUUCCCAAUGUGUAAGAAUGUUAAACAUGCUGUGUCCGUGUAUGCACAGGAGGCUGACCUCAUUCAGCAAGAGCUCGCUACAGAGGUGUGGUCGAAGCCGUGGGAGCGCCGCAAAGUGGCGCUGUGUGGACUCCGCAGCCACGGCCGUCUUCACUCUGUAACAGCCUGUUUUCUCUUUGAUUGUCUGGACCUCCCCUCGGCGGCGCUUUCUCCUCUUGGCGGGGUUGGAGGUCAUGUUGGUUUUUCUCAUUCUUGUUUCAUUUUGUGUGGUGGGUUUCACUGACCAGCGGUGUCCUCUGACGGUCACCUCUUUCCACCUCCUAGGUCCAGUGUCUGUACCACAUCACACGCGUGUCACUCUUGGUGUAAAUAAAGACUGCGUUAAUUGCCCUCCCA